CUAGUUUAAUAGAAGUGGGAACGAUGACGGCCGCUUGGUUGGUGUUAGUGGCGAUUUUAUCGGCAAAUGCCGUAUAUGCGGCUAGUGUAGGAGAAAAUCAGUCAACCAUGUAUGAUACAAUAGUAGUGGGUAUGGGAGCCUCCGGUACGUCUGCCGCCAGUACCUUGGCACAGGCUGGUAGACGAGUUCUGGUGUUGGAAGCGCAGAACAGGAUCGGUGGGAGGGUCUGCACCGUACCCUUUGGAGAUGGUGUUGUCGAAUUAGGCGCUGAAUGGAUACAUGGACAAGUUCCAAGCACCGUAUACGACCUGGCCAUAAAGAACAACGUGUCUGUCAUAUCCCAGGAUAUCUCCAUGGACGUGUUCCUAUCAGACGGUAGUAAGGGAGACAGGGCACUGAUAAACGACCUUGUGGAUUUUGCAUUGCAAUCUUGCGAAGAUCCACCGAAGGAGCCCCAGCCAUUGGGACAGUGUAUAACAAAUAGACUGAUGGAUUACAUAAGGGUCCACCAUCCAGACCUGCUAAAAGACCAGGACUUCCUAACAGAGUUGCUGGCGUUCUUGGAUCUAGUCAUUGAUAAUUACGAAGCCACGACCAGUUGGAAUGAUAUUACCACAGAGAGUAAAUACAGGGAGUUGGAUGGUGACCAGCAUAUAAGCUGGCAUAAGAAUGGGUAUAAGACGCUGUUUGAGAUUCUAUUGAAUACGUACAACAACGGCCCAGGGUUGCCAACGUUAGAAUAUAAACUGAACAAAGAGGUGACUCAAAUAAAUUGGUCCGAAGAUCCUAGUAAAAAAGUUGUUGUAACUUGCAAAGACGGGAGCUCUUAUACAGCUGACAAUGUCAUAGUCACAGUAUCUAUAGGAGUUUUAAAGGAGAGACAUGCAACCAUGUUCUCGCCAAUGUUGCCACAUUGGAAAACGAAAAGUAUAGAUACCAUUUCCAUGGGACUUAUGGAUAAAAUAUUACUGUUAUUCCCGUAUUCUUGGUGGCCUAAGAGUAGUACUUUCUUCGCGUUCGUUUGGAGGAGAAGUGAGAAGAAGAAGAUAGAAGAGAGAGACAGAUGGGUGACUCAGAUAUUUGGAGUCAGCACCCCCUUAGGAUCUGAUAGAGCAAUGACAGUUUGGACUAGUGGCGACGCAGCCAAAACGAUAGAAACAUUACCAGAAGAUGUAGUUAAGAGGAAAACAAUGGAGUUGCUCAGGCGAUUCAUGGGAGCCAACGUGACUGUUCCAGAGCCCGUGGAGAUGAUCAGGUCUUCCUGGUACACCAAUCCUUACACCCGCGGUAGUUACACAUACGAUCACAUAGACUCCCCCCUCCAUCCGAACGCGCGCGCGGACCUAGCUCAGCCAAUCACAGACUCCGCUGGGGUCCCACGAAUCCUAUUCGCUGGCGAAGCGACGGAAGCUACCCACUUCAGUACCGUGCACGGUGCGGUGGACAGCGGACGUAGGGAAGCGGCGAGAUUGUUACCGAAGAGUGAUGUCUGCAACUGUCCGUUCUUGUGACUCGAAAAAAUAUUAAUUUUUACUUAAUAAGGUAACUAUUUUAUUGUUUAUUGAAAUUGGCAUGUUCUUUUUCUGCAAAUUAAUACAAGUGUGCAAUAAUUUGUUUUUUUUUUGUAAGAGUAAUAUUUGUGUUUUUCGUUAUUUUCGUUUUAAAGAUAAAUAAAAUUCAUUGACUGUACCAAAAAACUUUAUAAUUUGACAGUGACAUCUUUGUACCAUUUUAUUUGUGAUGUUUUUAAAUGUCCCCAUUAUUGCUGUAUUGUAUGAACUAACUUUAACCAAUUUGUGGAAUGCAUGAUUUUUUUACCGAAGCCAUGUCAUUUACAUAAUAUUUGGAUUUCCUACCUUUAGGAUUGUACUCACGAGCGUUUUUUCUACGGCGUUUUUGCUAUCGCUUCGAAUAGACUUUAAAUAAGUAUAUGUAUAUAUAUAUACAAGGGUACAGUACCCCUAGCACGAACGAUUAUUGAAUACGAAUAGUUUGCGAGUGUGUUAUUUCAAUGUCAAAUUUUGUAUGAAAACUCGAACAGCAGCGCUACAACAGACAACGAGAACUAAAAAUCAGUACACAUUUGACGUAUAUCUAGAUCGAAUUCAACUAUUCAGAUUCGAUUCGAUUAUGGUUCGUGAUAAGGGUACAAUUUUCUGCCAUACACGAGUGCGUUUAUUAUGAAGUUUCAAUAUUAAUUACACGUUUUGUGUGAUUGAAUGUUUGUUAAUUUGUUCUUUCUCGAAGUUCAUAACCUGUAAAACUAACACAACACAGACAAAAGGUGCUUAACAACUCCCUAAAUAAAAGGUUGAUAUGAUUUAUUAAAAAUCUCUAUUGCAUAUCAUAAUAAAGGCUAUAAUAGGGGUGAUGACGGACGACACUUAUUUUUGCUUUGGGCAAUCAACCAAAAAAUGACAAAGUUAUAGCGCGUCAAAGUUUGGGAGUAGGGGCUCGUGACAUCACUUUUAAGUGGGAAUUGUACCAAAACGUGACGUCAUGCGACUUUUCAAAUCAAUAUAUCUCUGAAAUGUUUAAAUUAUGUGAAAAAAGAAAAAAUACGUCUCCAAUACUCUUUGAUAAAUAAUUUACCUGAUGAACGAAGAAAAAAAGAAUUGCCAUCAUUUAUAACUAUUAACGGGAUUGUUACCAUGUAUGUACCUUGUUUUUUACAUGUUAGUGACCAUGAAAGUUUAAUACAAUAUUUUAUAACUUUGACCUAUAAAUUAUAUGAACCCAGAUGAAUUUUAUUUUUGAAAAUCUAUGUGCAAUACAAUCAAGGCAUUUAUAUGAAUUAUACCUACCUAUUAUGUUUUAGUUACAAGCAAUUUGAAUUAUUACAUAUGUUGUUAAUGAUACCUAUAAAUAAGGUGCCAUAAUGUGUAAAAGUGAAAAGUGAUAAUUUUUGUACAGUUUGAAAUUAGUAAAUAAAAAUACAACACUUUA